AUGUUGAUCCGAAGUGACGGAAGCGCUGUUGCAUGCGGAGGAGAAGACCCAGAGCGUGCAGAACAGUGCAACAUUCCAGCUUUGGAUGAGGGGCUUCGCUAUGCCCAAGUCUCUGCAGGACGGUCUCACACUGUGUUGAUCCGAAGUGACGGAAGCGCUGUUGCAUGCGGAGGAGAAGAUCCAGAGCAUGCAGAACAAUGCAACAGUCCAGCAUCGGAUACGGACAUUUGCAACACCCAAGGCUAUGCAGGAAGGCGUAAUACAGUGCUGAUCCGAAGCGAUGGAAGCGCUCCUGUUUGUGGAGAAACAGGGGAAUGCGACAUUCCACCCUUGGAGGAGGGAAUUACCUACACACAGGCUGCAGCAUCGAACCACACAGUACUUCUCCGAAGUGAUGGCCGCGCUGUUGCUUGUGGGGUCAAUGACUUGGGCCAAUGCGACAUUCCGGCUUUGAAUGAGGGAAUUCGCUACACCCAGGUGUCCGCAGGAGGGGUCCAUACAGUGCUUCUCCGAAGCGAUGGCCGGGCUGUUGCUUGCGGAGGAAAUAGGUUUGGACAAUGCAACAUUCCAGCGUUGGAUGAUCGAAUGUCCUACACCCAGAUUUCCGCAGGAGAGACUCAUACAGUGCUUCUGCGAAGUGAUGGAAAGGCAGUUGCUUGUGGAGGAAGACUCUGCGGACAAUGCAACCUUCCAGCAUUGGAUGAAGGACUGUCCUACACGCAGAUUUCUGCCGGAUCGCGCCAUACAGUGCUACUCCGAAGUGAUGGCCACGCUGUUGCUUGUGGGGAGAAUAGCUGGGGAGAAUGCAAGAUUCCCUUGUUGGAGUCCAUCGAGCCUUCAUGGCAUGAUCUCUUCACGUUAUUUGCAUGCACUCGUCCUCCGCUCUUGGGCCGACUGACUCUGAUCUCUGCGAAUCCAUUGGCAGCUUUGGAUGAACUCAGUGAAGUCCUGUCAACGGAGAGCACAGAUGCCACCGACGUCGAGGUAGAAGCAGCUCAUGCCAGAGUGCGCAGAAGAUGCAGGACUUGCAAUUUUUAG